GCUGGUUAAGUUCAUGACUCCCAGAGGAACGCAUGACUGAGUGAGCGAGCGAGUGAGUCCCUGAUAGGAAAGGAAAAAGCCAGCACAAUACGCUUUCUUCUAGUAGUUGCGCAAUUUCGGGAGCACCGAAUCGUAUGCACACGCGUGCUAUCACGAGACAGACACACCGAGUGCAGAGCGGCCACAGCGAGAGACGGCGAGCGCGGCAGGGCAGAAGCAGCGGAGAAAGGCAGGACAGCAGCACGGUGGGGGAUAGCCGCAGUGGCAACCAGCUGGCACAAGGGGGGUACCAGCGGCGGCGCAAAGCGUGGGCCGGUGGAGGCGGCGGCGCAGGCGGAGGCGGAGGCGCAGGCGGAGGCGGAGGCGCAGACGGAGGCGGAGGCGCAGACGGAGGCGCAGGCGGAGGCGGAGGCGCAGGCGGAGGCGGAGGCGCAGCCGCGCAGGCGGAGGUGCACGCGCAGGCGACGGUGGCGGAGGCUGCGGUGGCGGCGGCAGGGGUGGCGGUGGUGGCGGCGGUGGUGGCGGCGGUGGUAGCGGCGGUGGCGGUGGCGGCGGCGGAGGCGGCGAGGUAUUCAGAUAGAGCAGGAGGAGGAGGAGGAGGAGGAGGCGGAGGAGGCGGACAACGAGGAGGACAAGGAGGAGGAGGCGGAGGUCGAGGGAGAUGAGGAGCAGCAGGAGCAAGACCACGAGGACGAAAAGAGGAGGCGGAAGAAGAGGAGGACGAGGAGGCGGAAGUGUGUGUGUGUGUGUGUGUGUGUGAGAGAGAGAGAGAGAGAGAGAGAGAAAACGACCUGCUUGACGCUGCUCCUCCUGCCGCUCGUGCGCUGCCCUUACGAGGUGCUGCACCUGUUCCUCGCCCAGCUGUGGCCGCCUCGUUGCCCUGCGUCUCCCUCCCUUGCCGCAGGAAAGCAAACUCGAAACCCGAAGGGAGGGCGCCGGCCGAACAGGGGAGGCAAAGCUCCUGACUCGGCAGGCGGCUUUGCAAAAUG